CUUGAGCGCCCUCCGGAGCGAGGUCAUUUCAUCCGCCUACCCGCCGCCGCCGUCGCACGCGCACACACCCUCCCCCCGCAGACAGAUGGACGAGGCAGCCAGGCGCUGAUCCGAGCCAGGCGCUAAAAAGAGGAGGAGCGCACGACACACCACCCACGGACACGCGGAGGAGAAGAAUCAGACAGGAGUUUCUGGCUUGUGAAAGCGUUCCCGGAUGAUGACGCUUGUUCUUUCCGACGCGCAAAACGCCACGCCCCCGCGCCCGGCGCGAAACAGUGAGGGGUGGGGGUAUCUCACGCGUGCACACACAGCCCCCCCUUCCGAAAAAGGAAGCGCUUGUUGCGGCACCGCGGAUAAGAUUUUCACAAAGUGUGUGUGCUCGUUUCAGACUCUGGAACCUUCCGCCAGCCCCCCCCCUGUUAGUGAUGUCCACACGCAGCACGACACGUCGCCUGCUGCACUGGUGCGUGAAAAGAGCUACAAUCAAGAGGAUCGCACCAGUCUCCGGGAAGCUAUCCAAGCUACUAGCAUGAUGGUUCGCGGAAGGGCAGUCGCCACGGCUUUAUGUGCUCUGGGCACCACCUCCGCGUUCACAGCCCCCCUGGCAGGCUUCCGAGCGGCUAAGGGCGUGUCGAGGCAGGUCACCCGGAAUGCAGGAAGAAACCUGCAGAUGGCCACCGUGGCCGAGGCAUACGACAUCAAGGUGAAGGGCGAGGAGAACACGAUGGAAUACCGCGCGUUCUUCAACCAGGCGAGGCGGGAAGGAGAUCUCUCCCUGGCACGACAUCCCGCUCAAGGCCGGCGCGGACACUUUCAACUACGUUUGCGAGAUCCCCAAGUAAUGGAGAUCGCCACCAAGGAGCCGAACAACCCCAUCGCCCAGGACACCAAGAAGGGCAAGCUGAGGUUUUACCACGGCCCCAUUUUCUGGAACUACGGGUACAUCCCCCAAACAUGGGAGGACCCCACGGUCAAGCACCCUGAGCUCGGUGUUCUCGGAGACGGUGACCCGGUAGAUGUCGUGGAGAUCGGGUCUGCGAAGCUUGCCUCCGGGGCUGUUAAGGCCAUCAAGCCUCUGGGGUGCUUGGCGAUGAUCGACGACGGCGAGCUCGACUGGAAGGUGAUCGGUAUCGACGUGGACGACCCGUUGGCCAAGGACCUAAACGACAUCGCUGACGUCGAGAAGCUCCUCCCCGGGCACGUAUCCGGUAUCCGGGAGUGGUUCCGCUGGUACAAGACCCCCGACGACAAGCCUCUCAACGCCUUCGGCUUCGACGAGAAGGCUUUGAACAAGGAGGAGACGAUGAAAGUGAUCGACGAGUGCAACGGGCACUGGAAGGCGCUUGUCGACGGGAAGACCGAGGCUGGCAAGAUGUGGAUCAAGUAGAGGAAGAGCGGAACGCUUGCGAGUUGAAGCAGUUUUGGGGCUUGUUAGAAAGGAGGCAGCCGGAGCUCGCUGCGCCAACCCUGCUGGUCUUCUGUUAAUUCAACUGAUGUUCACCUGUUGUGGUUUGCAGUACAGAAGAGAGCGUAAAUAGGUAGAGGUAAAUACAAUAGUUUUCGUAAAUGCGGUUUAGGACCACCGAUUAACGUGAUGGGCGUGCACCAAGAAACCUUGACAAUCAUCGUGUGUACUCAUGUUCAUGUUUCGUGUGACCGCAUCGGAGCUCUUUCGGUACGACGGAUUGGCAAGGGGACCGUAAGUAUUCACCUGCGAAGAAGGCUAAUAACACGUUGAACUAACAGAGGUCCCGAAGUUUUUGUAGCAGCACAGAAGAGGAAGUGUCCAAGUCCCUUGUCUGCCUUGCGUUCACCAU